AUGAAGGUGCUCCCUGCAUCUGGCCUUGCUGUCCUCCUCGUCACAGCUCUGAAGUUUUCCACUGCAGCCCCCUCCUUAUUUGCAGCACCCCCCAGGACCUCAAGGAACAGCUACCAGCUCACACAGGCAUACCUUGACAAAUAUUACACAAAGAAAGGAGGGCGCCAGAUUGGUGAGAUGGUUGCAAGAGGAGGCAAUUCCAUGGUUAAAAACAUUAAGGAGCUGCAGGCUUUCUUCGGCCUCCGAGUCACCGGGAAGUUAUACCGGGCCACCAUGGAUGUGAUCAAGAGGCCUCGCUGUGGAGUUCCUGAUGUGGCAAACUAUCACCUCUUCCCAGGUGAACCCAAAUGGAAAACAAAUACUUUGACAUACAGAAUAUCCAAAUACGCACCUUCCAUGACUUCUGCAGAAGUGGACAAAGCAGUGGAGAUGGCCCUGCAGGCCUGGAGUAGCGCCGUCCCUCUGAGCUUUGUCAGAAUAAACUCAGGAGAAGCAGAUAUUAUGAUAUCUUUUGAAACUGGAGAUCACAGGGAUUCCUAUCCAUUCGAUGGGCCUUGGGGGACUCUAUCUCAUGCAUUUGCACCUGGAGAAGGCCUGGGAGGAGAUACACAUUUCGACAAUGCUGAGAAGUGGACUAUGGGAAUGAAUGGUUUCAAUUUAUUCACCGUUGCUGCUCAUGAAUUUGGCCACGCACUGGGCCUGGCCCAUUCCACAGACCCAUCAGCACUGAUGUACCCAACUUAUAAGUAUCAGCAUCCCUAUGGAUUCCACCUUCCCAAGGAUGAUGUGAAAGGGAUCCAGGCACUGUACAGUACAAUCACUACACUUUUUUUGACCACAAACCCUGAAAGUGACAGGCAUUUGGUCUCCAACUUAAAGAAAAAAAUGGAAACUGAACAGCCAGAGGAAACCUUUCCCAACACCGAAACCAAUGGCAAAUUUAGUAAACGCCCUGCUGAAGAUAUGGAAGAGGAACAAGCUUUUAAAAGAUCUGGAAGCACUGAUGAGAUGGUUGAAUUACGCAUUCUGCUUCAGAGCAAGAAUGCUGGGGCAGUGAUUGGAAAAGGAGGCAAGAAUAUUAAGGCUCUCCAUACAGACUACAAUGCCAGUGUUUCAGUCCCAGACAGCAGUGGCCCCGAGCACAUAUUGAGUAUCAGUGCUGAUAUUGAAACAAUUGGAGAAAUUCUGAAGAAAAUCAUCCCUACCUUAGAAGAGGGCCUGCAGUUGCCAUCACCCACUGCAACCAGCCAGCUCCCGCUGGAAUCUGAUGCUGUGGAAUGCUUAAAUUACCAACACUAUAAAGGAAGCGACUUUGACUGUGAGUUAAGACUGUUGAUUCAUCAGAGUCUGGCUGGAGGAAUUAUUGGGGUCAAAAGUGCUAAAAUCAAAGAACUUCGAGAGAACACUCAGACAACAAUCAAGCUUUUCCAGGAAUGUUGUCCUCAAUCCACUGACAGAGUCGUUCUUAUUGGAGGAAAACCUGAUAGGGUUGUAGAGUGCAUAAAGAUCAUCCUUGAUCUUAUAUCAGAGUCUCCCAUCAAAGGACGUGCUCAGCCUUAUGGUCCCAAUUUUUACGAUGAAACCUAUGAUUAUGGUGGUUUUACAAUGAUGUUCAACAACCGCCGGAUGUCUCGUGGGAUUUCCCAUGUGGGGAAGAGAGGAGGAGAUCUAAUGGCCUAUGACAGAAGAGGAAGACCUGGAGACUGUUAUGAUGGCAUGGUUGGUUUCAGUGCUGAUGAAACCUGGGACUCUGCAAUAGAUACAUGGAGUCCAUCAGAGUGGCAGAUGACUUAUGAACCAGAGGGUGGCUCUGGAUAUGAUUAUUCCUACGCAGGGGGUCAUGGCUCAUAUGGUGAUCUUGGUGGACCUAUUAUUACUACACAAGUAACUAUUCCCAAAGAUAUAGUUGGAUCUAUGGCUGGAUCUAUUAUUGGCAAAAGUGGUCAGCGGAUUAAACAAAUCCGUCAUGAGUCAGGAGCUUCGAUCAAAAUUGAUGAGCCUUUAGAAGGGUCCGAAGACCAGAUCAUUACCAUUAUAGGAACACAGAACCAGAUACAGAAUGCACAAUAUUUGCUGCAGGACAGUGUGAAGCAGAUUUUCUGGCGUCAGCAGGUUCACUUGAUGUCAGGGAUCCGGCCCAGCACCAUCACCAGCUCCUUCCCCCAGCUUAUGUCCAAUGUGGACGCAGCUUAUGAAGUGGCUGAGAGGGGCACAGCUUACUUCUUUAAAGGACCCCACUACUGGAUAACAAGAGGAUUCCAAAUGCAAGAUACUCCUCAGACUAUUUAUGACUUUGGGUUCCCAAGAUACGUGCAGCGAAUAGAUGCUGCUGUCUAUCUCAAGGAUGCACAGAAGACCCUUUUCUUUGUGGGAGAUGAAUACUACAGCUAUGAUGAACGAAAAAGGAAAAUGGAAAAAGACUAUCCAAAGAAUACUGAAGAAGAAUUUUCAGGAGUUAAUGGCCAAACAGAUGCUGCUGUGGAGUUAAAUGGCUACAUUUACUUCUUUUCAGGACCCAAAGCAUACAAGUAUGAUACAGAGAAGGAAGAGGUGGUUAGUGCGCUGAAAUCUAGUUCCUGGAUUGGUUGUUAA